AUGGAUUAAUAAAAUUCAGCCAAUCCAGAAGAGAAUUCUUUAUAGGCAAGAAAUAGAAGGAGGAGAAAUGAUUCCAAUAAUCGAGAUUUUACUUGCGGAUGUGGUAAAAGCUAUCUAAGUUAUGCUGCUUUAUAUACUCAUUUGAAAUAGAAACAUGAUUCAGUAGCUCCGGAUGGAACUCAAUUGCCAAAUAAUGCAAAUUAACGACCUGGUAGAGGAAGACCAAGAAGACAAGAAGAUUAAGAUAGAAAAAGCGCUAAGUCGGAUGAUGGAUAAUCUGAGAGUGGCAACGAGCCAGACGAGACUCUCGAAGGACUUCUAACAUUCUUAGAUAGUCUAGGGAAUUUUAGAUAAACAGAAAAAUUUUCAAAUGAUGUAGAAGUAUAGGAGUUCCUGCUUAAACAUUUUCCUUCCAAUAAUGUCUUUUCAAAUUGUUCUGAAUAUUAGGGAAUCUAUGAUUUAUUAAAAGAUCUAACAGAUGAGAAAAUUAAACUUCAAGAUACUGAUCUUCUUGCUAAUGAACCAUUUGAUAAAGAUAAAUCCUUACGUAAAACCAACGUAGCUAAAAUUUUGGCAUAUUUUUUAACUCAAAUAGGUCCAAAGUUAUGUGUUGAAGCAUAUAAAGAAAUGGCUAUAUUCAUAAUUUUCUAUUAAAAAUGUUUGAAUACUUUUGGUUAUUAGGCAAAAGAGAACUAUCUUUAAGAUUAAAAAAAUGGAGAUCAUAAACAGUUGGACAUCAAAGAAGAGGUUAUUCAAAAUUAGGAGUUUUGCGAUGUUUAAAAUGGUGAAUACAUGCUAUUGAUUGCUAACGAAUUUAUAUUGUCAUUUUUACCUUCAUCCUAUAUGGGAUUAGAGACUAUUGAAAAGAAUUUCAAAAUAUUUGGUAGUAGUGCUGAAAAAUUAAAAAAUGCUGUGUAUGUUACUUAGCAUUUCUCGUAUUGGUUAUAUUCUUUAAAGUUUACAAAUUCUAGAUUAGAUUUUUAUACUGAGGAUGAUUGA